AUGGAUGAAAUACAAAUGGAAACAGCGAGAACACAAUCUCCCAAAUCAUAUUUAUAUACCACUUUGGCAACAACUCAUCUUGGAGAGAUUGCAUCAUGUAUAAUAUCAAUUUUAAUUUCUAAUGGGAGAUUAACUGCUAAAGAAAUUAGUAAUCGUACGAAAAUCCCUUUCAAGAAUAUUAAAUCUGCUUUAGUAUCAUUAAUUCAAUUAAAUUGUAUAUAUUAUUGGCAAGAAGACAAAAAUGGGAAAUUUUAUUAUUCAUUAAAAGAAACUGGGUUAUUAUUAUUUGUAUAUAGUGGAGAUAUUAUUAAUCAUAUUAAAAGACAAUAUGGAGAUGAAGAAGCAGAAAUUAUUCAAAAUAUAUUGAUUCAUGGACAUGUUAAAAUUGAAGAUUAUUUAAAUCAAUUUAAUCAGCAAGAUGAUAAAUCUAAAUCUAAUUCAAUGAAAAUUAAUCAAGAAAAUAAGUUUUUGAAAUUAUUUAAUGAUAAUUGGUUAAUUAAAUUACAAGAUUUCCAUUUCCAUUCAUUAGAUGAUAUUUGGAAUAAAAUUUUUCAAGAAUGUUUAAAAGAAACUCCAAGAUCAUCAGUUACUUCUGAAAUUAAACGAGUUGCUGAAGCUCAAGCUAAAGCUAAAAUAAAAUUAAAUACAUUAUUAGAAUCGGGUGGUAGUGGUGGUGAUGUAUAUACUGAAAUUAAUGGGAUAAAGAAAUUGAAACCAGAAUUGGUUGUUACAUUUAAUUUAUCACGAUUUCAAAAACAUUUACGAACUAAUGCAUUUGUAAAUAUGGUUAGAUCGAAAAUUGGAGUAUUGACAGCUAUUAUUUAUAAUGCGGCUUUAAAAUAUAUUGAAAUUAAAAGUCCAUCAUUAGAAUAUCCAUUAUUAAAUAUUCCUGGAUUAAUUAAUGAUCCCAAAGAUGUUAAAGAAUAUAUUCUUUCUAUGGAAAAUAAAUUGGUUAAUGAAAAAAAAAUUACAUUUUCAGCAAGAGAUAUUCAAAGACUUUUACCAAAAGAAAUAGAUUUUAAAAGUUCAAUCAUUACUCCAACUUUUGCUAAACCUAAACGACCAUUAGAAAAUGGUGACAACAGCAACAACAACAACAACACCUCAUCAUCACCAACAUCGAAAAAGAUCAAACUUGAAGAUGGUAUUGCUUCUUCUGUUUCCACUUCCACUUCCUCAUCAUCAUCAUCAUCAAAUGGUAGUUUGGUUGAUUUGAACAUUAUAGAACAACAUUUGAAAUUAUUACUUAAUGGUACCAAUACACCAUUUGUUAAUGAAAUUUCUCCUGGUAAUUAUACAAUUCCAUUUUCUCAUUUAACCAAUAUUUUAAAACAAAAUAAUUUUGAAUCAUUAGUUAAAGCUACAUUGGGGGAUUAUGCUUUUAGAAUUUUACGAUGUGUUAAAUCUAUGAAAUUAUGUGAUGAAAAAACUAUAUCUAAUGGAGCAUUAUUAAAAGAAAAAACUGUUAGAAGUGAACUUUAUCAUUUAAUUAAAGCUAAUAUAAUUGAAAUUCAAGAAGUUCCUCGUAGUGCUGAUAGAGCUGCAUCGAAAACUUUUUAUUUAUUUCGAUAUAAAAAUAAUAAUAAUAGUUUUAAUUAUUUAAUCAAUUGUUUAAUUUAUGAUAUGGCAGAAAUUUUAAAUCGAAUUCAAGAUUUUAAACUGGAACAUAAAAUAUUAUUAGAAAAAUAUAAAUUAGUUGAAGGUCAAGAAGAUCAAUAUUUACUUGAUCGUGAGUUAAAAUUAUUAAAUGAUUUACAACUUCGAGAAAUUAAAAAUUUGGUUAAAUUUCAAAGAAUUAAAAGUUUAUAUAGUCUUUAUAAUUUAGUUGAUUAA